AUGUACGGGGGGUCGAAUACCAAGGAGGUGGUCGAACUAGCCUGGCAGGCCCGGUGGGAACAACAGAGAGCUAGUCAACAAAGUACUACUCGACAGAGGGUAUUAAACAGGAGGAUAGCCGACGAAGACCCCCCAGCCCUCUUAUUUACCGACAAAGCUCUGAUGAGACACGAAGGUCUUACAAAGGCGCAGAGCUCCCUCCUUUCCCAGGCCCGUAUCGGGGAUAUAGGCCUCCGGGACUACCUGUUCAGGGUGAAAGUCCCGGAGGUCCGUACCCCCUAUUGCGAGUGCGGGAGGGGCAGGGAGACAGUGGAGCACUUGGUGGUUUGGUGCCCCGACCCGCCGUUACAAAGGCCGUGGGACGGCAGAGAGAUUCGGUCACAUCGGGACCUACAAACCGUAUUACGGGGAGUAGGUGCCCGGAGCAGAAGAUUUGUUAGGAAGGUCCUUGGCUGGCUGAUGGACUCUGGCCGGCUACUGGAGUAUAGGCUGGCCAGAAGGCUGGAGCUAGAAACAGUGGAUGGGGAGGGCUAG